AUAGGGACCCUGGGCAAUAGGGGAUCAUGGGGCCCCUGUGUCCUCGCCCCCACCCAAAAAAGCCUAUGAAAAAGCCAAUGAAAGGUACCAGGGGCAUCUCAUGGGGCCCCCUACUGACCCCAGGCCCACGGGCAGUGCCCGACUGCUCAAAUGGUCAGUCCGCCCCUGACACAGUGUGUUAGCCAUCAUUUAAUAUAUAUAGUUGUGCCAGUACGUUAUCCACCCAGUAAUGUACAGCAUAGCAGUGCCAUGGUGUGACCCACUCUGUAAUAUAUAGCUGUGCCAGUGUGUGAUCCACCCUGUAAUAUAUAGCUGUGCCAGUGUGUUAUCCA